UUACAUGAAUCUAAACAGAUAUCCCCGAAAUCCCAUUCAAAAAUAUCACAACAGAUUAGCUAUUAUGAGGAACAAGCAAAUCCACGUUUUACCACAGUAAUCUCCUUAAAGUUACCUUCUUACCCCCUCAUCUACCCCAAAUUUCUCCCUUAAAACACGUGCUAUUAUGUCAUUUUACAUCUAACUCCUGUCCUUCUUCGCCGGAGUUUAUAGUACAACAACACUUCCCUUUCUCUCUCUUCACUUCAUUUUCUUCUUUCCAAAAAAAAAGUAAGUUGAAAAAAAUAAUCCAAAUGGAACAUCCAUUUUUUAUCAACGGCGCCGGAAACACGCCGAGAGCGGAGGCGUUACGGUGGCUAUCAAUAGCUGAGAAGCUAUUAACUAACCGUGACUUAGUCGGGUCCAAAUCAUUCGCGACCCGAGCACGUGAAUCCGACCCGUCCCUUUUACCCGCUGACCAAGUCCUCGCCAUAGUCGAUACCCUAAUCGCCGGCGACAAACGGAUCAACAACCAGCACCUUGAUUACUACUCCAUUCUCCAAAUCCCUUUAAACCAAACACAUGAUUCUGAGCUCGUAGCUAAUCAGUACCGUCGGCUCGCUCUCCUUUUAAACCCUCAGAAGAAUAGUUUCCCUUUCUCAGAUCAUGCUUUCCGGCUCGUACUUGAUGCUUGGUCUGUUCUUUCGAAUGCGUUCAGGAGAAGUGUUUAUGAUAAAGAAAUUGGGUUUUUUAUUAACCUUAAUCCUGUUGCUACUUCUCCUCCGCCUAAUAAUAACCCCAUUGGUUUCAUGCAACAACCAAGUUCUGUGCUUUUUCAACAGGCACAGUCACAUCCAGUGAGUUCAAGCAGAGAGCAGCAGCGGACAGUGACAUUUCUUCAAGACCCACAAAUGCAGCAGCAGCAGCCAGUGAGUUCUGUGUCCAGCUUGAGUAGUAGAGAGCCGCAACAGACUGUAACAUUUCUGGGCAGAAACCAAACACAGCAGCCAGUAGUAAGCUCUACUAUGCUCAGUCCAGACAGAGAACAACAAAACCCUUUUACCUUUGGGUCAAGAGGGCAACAGCAGCAAGUAGCUUCUGUGGAGUCAAGAAGAGGGCAACAGCAGCAAGCAGCUUCUGUAGAGUCAAGAAGAGGGCAACCGCAGCAAGUAGCUUCUGUAGAGUCAAGAAGAGGGCAGCAGCAGCAAGUAGCUUCUGUAGAACAGCAGCAAGGUAAUAAACAAGCGCCGCAAAGAAAUGAGGGUUUGGUGGGUAACAACCAAAAUUACUCUGCUACUACUACAAGUAAAAAUGUGAACUUUGAGGCUUUGUUUGGGAAUAGUCAAAAUAAUUCUACUAGUACUAGUAAUGUGAACAAUGAGGGUUUGUUUGGGAACAAUCAGAAUCAGCCUGCUAGUAAUAGUAACAAUGUGAACAAUGAGGGUUUGUUUGGGAACAAUCAGAAUCAGCCUGCUAGUAAUAGUAACAAUGUGAACAAUGAGGGUUUGUUUGGGAAUAAUCAAAAUCACUCUGCUAGUACUAGUAAAAAUGUGAACUUUGAGGGUUUGUUUGGGAACAAUCAAAAUCAUUCUGUUAGUACUAGUAACAACAAUGUGAACACUGAGGGUUUGUUAGGGAACAAUCAAAAUCGUUCUGCUAGUACUAGUAACAACAAUGUGAAGGGAAAAGAGGGGGGUGUAGGUGCUUCGAGUCAUGUUGUUCCUAGUUUCUGGACUGCAUGUCCUUAUUGUUACGUGAUGUAUGAGUAUCCUUUAGAGUAUGUGGAUUGUACUUUGAGGUGUCAAAAGUGCAAGAGGGCGUUUCAGGCUGUAAAGAUUGCGUCGCCUCCGCCAAUUAUAGAGGGAAAAGAAGCUUAUUUCUGUUGUUGGGGAUUUUUGCCUUUAGGAUUUUCCUUGGACACUUUUAAGAAAUAUAAAGGUAAUAUCUCGAGUUGGACUCCAUUUGCACCUGUGUUUAAUAAACAUGGGGGUGUAAGAAAGCCCCCCGCUCCGAGGGUUUAUAUUGAUGAUGUUGUUGAUGAUGUGUUUUUGGAAUUAUCUGAGUCGAGUGAGGAGUCAGAUGAGGAUUGGAAGGGUGAUAAGAAAAAGAAGAAGGCGAACAGUGGGAAGAAAAAGAGUAGAAGGACGAGGAGAAAAAAGGCCAAGAUACAGCAAUCUGAUAAGGGAAAGAAUGUUGUAGGGAAUGCUGGUGACAAUGUGCAAGAUAUUUCAGCAACUCAAGGGGGUGCAGAAAAGCCCAAUGUUACGGCAGCUCAGUCGAGCAAGAGAAGCACUGCAAGUAACACAAGAAGGCAAGCUGGGAGGGUUACAAAAGACGUUGGAAAGUUGGAUUUGAAUGUGGAGUUCAGUAAUGAGGUUGAAGAGCCUCCUGCACCUGGGGUGGGCCAAGGGAAUGGAGAUGGAACGGGAGAGGAUGGCAACAUUGAAGGCAUUGAGUUUUUUGAAGGUCUUGAUGAAUUCCUAAGCAGUCUUCCUAUACUCAAUGCUGUGGGUGAUGAUAAGGUCAAGGCUGCCUAGCGAAGAUGAAUUAUGCAGGAUUCCCAGUAAAAUUCUUCGUAGCUCGCGAGGAAAUGAUGAUCUUGAACUUCUAUAGAUGUGUUUUUGAGCUUCUGUCAUUUUCUGGUCUGGAAGGCAUUCCUUGGUGUGAUACCUUUUCAUUGUAUAAUUGACGCUGUUGCUUGAGUAAGUUUAUCAGGUACCCUUUUUGUUACUUUUUGACACUUGAAACUUUGUCUGUAUGUGCUCAUACUGGUGCAAGGUAAUGUUGAUGUCUUCCAACGUUUGAAUGCCUUUCUUCUAAAGCUUUGAAAUCUUUUAAAAUGGUUGAUUGUAUUUCAGGAAUUGAUUUGGCCCCACGUUUUUUUGUAUAUGCUAGGGAACUUUGUGAAUAGUUGUUGUCUAUCGGGAAUGUGUCUUUAUGAUGAGUGGCCACUGCUUGCCAGAAUUUGUAUUAGGUGCCAGUAUUCAUUUGCAUCUGACAUUAUAUUAUGUCAGCUCUUGUGAGUUUCACCCUUUACCAAC